AUGCUUCCCUUUCUAAAGAGUAGGACAACUAAUUCAUUCCAACUUCUUAGGAGUUUACCAUAUUCAUAUUCAUGUACACCUCCGUCCCAAUUAAUAAAGAAGGCAUCAUCUCAGUAUUCAUCUUCAUUGAUAUCAUUAUCACGAUAUAACAGGACACAAGUUUCCCAAUUCUCGACUACAUCCAUAGUACAAGCCACAUUAAAUCAAAUUAAAAGAGGAUCAGGACCACCAAGACGUAAGAAACAAACCACAGCACCAGCAUUAGAUCAUUGCCCCUUUAAGAAAGGUAUUGUAUUAAAAGUGAUGAUUUUGAAACCAAAGAAACCCAAUUCUGCUCAAAGGAAAGCUUGUAGAGUAAGAUUAUCUAAUGGGAAUGUCAUAUCUGCUUAUAUUCCCGGUGAAGGUCAUAAUGCUCAAGAACAUAGUAUUGUAUAUGUUAGAGGUGGAAGAUGUCAAGAUUUACCAGGUGUUAAAUAUCAUCUAGUUAGAGGUGUGGGGGAUUUGAGUGGUGUCGUUAACAGAGUCACUUCAAGAUCUAAAUAUGGUGUUAAAAAACCUACCAAGGCCAAUGCAGCAGCCUGA